ACCGCGAGCCUCCGCUCACUCGCCGCUGGUGCUCUGAACUUUGCCUUCAAGCUUGCAUGGCUGCAUCCGCACCCAGCUCCCGCCAGCGGAUGCUGUAGACCCCGCUUAGCAAGGCCACGCUUCUCCCAAGACCCACACCAAGCCAAGUGCCCGGGUGCCUGGCGAGGAGGUCGCUGGCUGGAAGCAGCCCGUGGAGGGAGGAAGGAGACAGCCAUGGCAGCCAACGGCUCUGCUGGGAUGCAUGAGGCUCUGCUGGACAAUGGCUUUGCUGACUCAGAAGACCUCGUUUCUGACUGGUACAUCUAUGAAACCAUGGACCCGGCCGUGCCACAGGAUGACAUGUUUCCCAGCACAAUCCCAGACUGCGACCCCACCAUUUCUCCCAGACUGUAUCACAUCUGCAUGGCACCCGUCUCCCUGGCUGUGCUCGUGGGCUUGUCCUUGCUGGUGAAACGCAGACGUCUCCACCAAAGCUGCUGGAAUGGUGUCCCAGGACUUCUCAGCCCAGCCAACUUUCUGGAGGAGGAAGGCAACCAAGGGCUGGUGGCCGCGGUGUUCGGCAUCCUGUUCUCCUCCCUGUGCGUGCUGGUCUUGGACAGGGAUCCUCUGCCGCUCAUCACCUACUCCUCUCAGAGCACCCGGGAGUACUGGAAGAUCCUGGCUUUGCUAUACUACCCAGCCUUCUACUAUCCCCUGAUCGCCUGUGCCACCGUCCGGCACAGGGUCAGCUACCUCAUGGGCUGCCUGCUCUCCUGGUGCCACUGCGUGGUCCACAUCUGGCAGAAGGUGGAUUGUCCCCAGUCACCGAAGAUAUACAGGUACUACUCCACACUCUCUUACGUCCCCAUCAUCCUCUGCCUUGUGCUCUUAAGCCUUUGGUAUCCAUCCCUGCUCAUCAGGAGCUUCACCGGGCAGGAGGAGACCUUGGAUAAGGAGGUUACAGGGAGAGGUUAUUAUAAGAAGUACCUAAAGGCUGUCCUGUCCAAACGCCCUCAGAAGGGGAGCUCCUCGAAGAUAGAAGAGAGCCUCCUAUCAAGGGUCCAGACAUAUUUACGCUCCUACAUCUACACUCCUGAGGAAGGUUUCCGGAUCCCGCUAAAGCUCGUCCUGUCCAUAACCACAGCCGUGAUUGCUGUCUACCAGGUUGCCCUGCUGCUCCUGGUAGCUGUUGUCCCCACCAUCCAGAUUGUGCGGGCGGGAAUGACGAAGGACAUCGUCGUGUUGUUGGUCCAGUUUGGCUUAGUGCCCUCGGAGAACCCGGCUGUCCCAGGUGACAUGGAGAAGGAGCUCAACACCGUCAAGUACUACCUGUGGUCACUGGAAGUCUGCUACAUCUGCUCGCUGGUGCUGUGCUGCCUGCUGACCUGCGCCAUGCUCCUGAGGACGCUGGUGAUGCACAGGAACAACCUGAAGGCACUCUACCAAGGGGCUGUGCUGGAUGUUUUCUACAAAGCACAUAUCCUCCGCCCGUCCCGACAAGCCAUCGUCUGCUGGAUGAGCUUUGCCAGCUUCCAGACGGCUUUUGCCUGCCUGGGUCUCCUCAUCCAGCAAGUGAUUUUCUUCAUCUGCUUGGUGGGGCUUACCUUCCUCUUCAUCAUCCCGCUCCAGUCUGGCACAAACACGCACCUCUUCAAAAUCAUUCAGAACAUGUGGCCCUUCUGGUUGACCCUGGUUGUUGCCGUCAUUGUGCAAAAUUUGGCAGCUCACUACCAAUUCCUGGAGCAGCAUCCCCUCCGGAAGGAGCUCACCAACAGGCGAGCUCUCUACAUAGUCACCUACCUGCUCUUCCCCAUCAACAUCCUGGUGGGCGUUUUGGCUGGGGUGUGGAGGAUGGUCAUUUCUGGCCUUUAUAAUGCCAUCCACUUCUGCCAGCUGGACAUCAGCCUGCUGAACCGUGGCGUGGAGACCUUCGACCCAGGCUACCACACUUACUGCCACUAUCUGAAAAUCGAGGUCAGCCAGUCCCACCCGGUGAUGAAAGCUUUUUGCUUGCUGCUUCUCCAGCUGGCCAGGCCAGAGGGGCCACCGGGGCUCCGGGCAAGCAACGUGGAAGAAGGCAUCCAGCUGAUGCAGCCCAAGAAGACUCCUCCAAGCAGAGCCAGGUUCAAGCAGAGCCGAGCCCGCUGGUGGCUGGCCUACACACUCCUCAACAACCCCUCGCUGACUGCUUGCCGGAAAACUGCCCUCUCCAACCCCACAGCCAAUGGCACCCAGCUCAGCCCCCCCAAGCCCUGACCUCCAGAGAAGCCCCCCACCUCUCUCUGCCUCCCACGCACCCUCCCAUCCCAUCCCACCCCUGUCUCCCAUUGACUCUCCUCCUGUGCUGUAAGGAGUUUCAGGCACCUCUCGCCCCUUUCCAGCCUCUGGUCUGUUUCCAGUGGUGACAGGGGCUGGUUUUGAGCUCUACGUCCAUUCUGAGCCACUACCAAGGUCCAGAGGUAAAGAUAAACAGGUCACCUUUAAGCCUGACCUGGAUGGAGGGGGGUUGAUGAGCCAAGCUAAACCUUUCAGGCAUCUCAGAAACUUCUUAGGAGCCACUCCUGCAAUGAGCCCACCAGUUCUCAACUGUUGCCUUGCCGACAUGUGGCAAGGCAGGCACAAGUCCCCAGCACCAGGGCAGUAAGGAAAGAGGGAGAAGGGUGUGUGUGUGCAUGUGUGUGUGUGAAGGGAUCUUCACCCAGACUGAGCAUGAGGAACUACCUGCAUCUCAGCGCGGUUUCCCUGUGGAGAAGGUCCCCACUGCCAACCCCAUCCCCAGCUUCUCCCUUGCAGGUCUGGUCCUGGCUCCCUUUGGACAUUGUACCUAACCCUGGGACUUUUUUCCUCCAAUUUUGUGAAGGCUAAAAUCCCCAUCUGCUCCUGCUCUAGGCUGUGAAGUUGCAGAGCCAUUUGCUUUCUGUCCCCUGUAACAUCCCCACUGAUGCCUCUUGCUCUGCCCGCCCCACCCCCCUUACCCCCCUCCUUGUGUUUAAAGCCAGCAGCUCCCCAGGGCUGGUGACCCUCCAAGUGAGCUGAGCUUGAAUCUAUAGAAAGCAGUUUUAUACCUCACUUGGACAUGCUGAGUCGGGGAAGGUUAAUAAAUCACAUACCUCAUUCCUAUGCUUGGGGUGUGCUUGGUCUCUUGGCCAUUCCCGCAUAAACCAGACCUGGCAGGAGGGACAUGAGGACUAUUGUAGCCAUGUCUCCGGGUGGUGGUUGGGACUGACCUUGUCAGAAGAGGCUUUUGUGGUAGAUCUGCUUGACCUGGGGGUGAUGGGACCAAAUCUGUCAUCUUCCUCACCACCUUUGGGAAAAUUUAGUGCAAAGCCCAUCAGUUUGCUUUCCCAUCAAAAUGUUUGCCCCCUAAACCACAGCUCCCAUGAAGGAGGGGGACUGCAACAGGACAUUUGGUGGCUAAAUCAUGAAAGGCAUGCAUCCAAGGUGUUGCUGGAUCACCCUUUCCCACCAUGUGUCCCUUGAAAGUCCUGCCUUUGUUGGCUGGAAGGGUGCCUGGUGUCAGUUAUCCACUGCAGGCAGCAAGCAGGGCUCUUGGCAAGUUGUUCUGGCGGCUCCUCGCUCUCCAUCUCAAUACCAUCCCAAACACGUCAGCCUUGCUAAAGCAGCUGCCUUUGAGACUGUGCAGCCCACCUUGCACAGAGCAGGGCUGCUGGACCAUCCCUUCUGC